AUGCAAGGGUUCCCCUCUACCUCAUCCGAUACUGCUGACGAAGGAGAUUUGAUGCAAGUCAGUUGUGCGAUGACAAAUGUAGGACAAGAACGAAAAAUCCCGAAUGGAGAAAAGGUGCGAAGUAUAAUGAGGCUACGACGAAUAGUUGACGAGAUGAACGAACUGUUCGAAGAAAACUUCGUGCUUACUAUUGUUAAUCCCGAUACAAGCAAGCACGUCUCCUUUUAUGGAUCUCGACCAAUUGUUAAAGCUCUUUAUAAUUCAAAUUUCUGUGAUAAGUUAAAAACAUGCUUGCCCUCCGUAGAUAAAACCCCGUUCUAUAUGCCAUUAGUUAAUACGAAUCAAGAAGCCAAUGAAUAUAUGCAAUCAGAGAGCCAGUUGUAUUCUAAAAUUUUAAGGAUUUUGGAUAUUUACAACUAUCCUGCUCGUGAACAUUUCAGCUACAAGUCCAAAGGAAGACGAGGAUGUUCUCCCCGCCCGAAACCUGAGUAUUGGCCAAAAGAUGUAAAAUAUGGGUCUUUGCUAUGUGGCAAUAUUGCAGGAUUAACUGAACCCGAUUCUACCCGAGUAUUCGAUAAUAGAAAAGCCAUGAUUUCGCUAGUUCUCGAGGGAGUUCGGAAUCAUUAUCAUACUUUCUUGAAAAGAUUGGAUGGAGAUAGCCAAUCUCCGGAUGAUUCCGUAAUGGUAGAAGAUGUCAUGAAAUAUAAAGAGCUUCAUGAUGCCGAUAGUGAGUCCAAGCCGAAUCUAGUAAAUGUCGAAGAUAUUGAUGAUAAACCUUCCACUAGUGCUGCGAAAUUGGGCACUUCAGGCGAAAGAAUCUCUGAUGCCUCUAAACCUCAUUUUAAGAAAACAAGGUUGAUAAGUAGAGUUAUUGGAAUCAAUGAAAACCGCCAGAGAAGAUUGGUCUUCCCUGUCGGAACUCGUCAACCUCCUCGUACAAAAUGGCCUCAACUAAGUAUGGAAAGUUCCUCACGAAACUUCCAAAUAGUGAGGCCUCGUCCCAUGAUAACCACAAAAGAUAGAGUUUUCACUCUCGACCCCAAUACAAGAUGUCAAUGGUCUCAAUAUGACAUUAAACCAAUGUUGGAACCUUCACUUCCUAUGGAAGAAGAUGUUGUUCCAAGUACAUCCUAUUCAAUGUUACCGAACAAUGAAAUGAUGGGAGAGUGUACAGUAAUAAUCGAUGGACAGGAAUACGCCGUCGUAGAUGCAGAUGAAGCUAUUGAGCCUACCGAAGUUUACGAAGAAAUAAGUCUUCCAGAUCAAUCUAAUAUUAGGCCCAAACAUUAG